AUGAAAAAUUGGUUAACUUUUGCAGCUUUUCAUGUUGCACUUUUAUGUAUUUCCGUAAGUUACCUAUAUUAUUAGAGAGACAUAGAAGAGACACCCACAGUGAAUUGUGUACAUAUGAGCUCAUUUUGUAUUAUAUAAUAUUAUUCAAAGACGUCGCUAAGGUGAAGGGAAGAGGGGUGAAUGGGGUAGAUCCACCUUAUUACUACUCUUCUCCUCCCCCCUCCCCUUUAGAAAAAAUCUGUAGCGAUUUCCUUGAUACCAUAGUAUGUAAAAUACCAAGAAAAUUGUCACAAUUCGUGUGGUAAAAUACGUCAUCAGUGUAUCCAUCAUGUAUUAGGUUGUUCAAACAAUUAUGUGCUUGUUAACCUCAAAAAUUUACUUCGAGAGGGGCACAGAAUUAUUUUAACAACCUCAAAACUAUGUUGGUCUUUCCCAAAUUAUGUUUUAAAAAUACAUGCCCAAAAAACUGAUAUACUUAUAUUAAAUUUUACAUUUUCAGGCCCAAAACUUUCUCUCAUUGAUCCAGCCCUUCUUGGGUAGUGGUCUGGACACUCCAAGUGCAGCUACUGGCGGUGGAAGUGGAUUGGGAUCAGCUUUGGGUGGUGGUGGAAUGCCAAUGGGUGGUGGAGGAAAUGGACAAGCUCUUUCUGUAAGCUAUUAUUUUUAUUUCAAAAUUUUUUAAAAUGAUUUUUUUUUUGCAUAUUUUGAAUUCUUUUUGAACGUUGUAAAGAAAGUUUUUGCCAGUUUCGAUAAUAUGAAGAAAGUCUUGUUUUUUUGCAGCCUGCAGGUGACAUUUUAUACGAUAAAUACCAUUUUUAAAUUUGUAAACAGCUCUUUUUCUAUAUUUUGUUUUGUAAAGAAAGUUUCUGCAGUUUUUAAUUUUCAAAAAACCACCUUUUUUACCCCCCCCCCCUUGCUAAAAUACAUAUUUACUCUGCCCAAGACCUCAAAAUAUUUUUACCCAACCUUACAUUCUCUCCUCUUUCCAGGGCCUUGCCCAAAUGUUUGGUGCACCAGGAGGUCCGGGCAGUGGGGACGAGUACGGUAACAAUCCAAUCGGGGAUUUUGUAAAUUUGGGCCAAGCCAUCGCCGAAGCCAGCAAAAAGAAGCCGCCGCCGAGGAAGAGAAGUACGGAUGAGUAUCUAGCCGAGUAUUACAUUAAGUAUUCAGAUCCGCCCAAGCCCAAACGCAAGCCCAAACCCAAGCCGAAGCCUAAACCUAAGCCUAGACGCGAGAAUAGAUUCAGGGUGCGGCCGGAACGAGAGUCUGCUGGUAUGUUUAGAGGCUAGUUGAUGCUUAUUCUUUUAGUAUUAAUUUAGUACGAGUUAUUACAUUAGUAUGUAUGCCUUAGUACAAAGUAUCGUAUUUGCUAGGUACUAUAACUAGUUAGUACUAGCCAUAGUAGUAGCCUAGUACAAACUAGUUAUAAGUCAGUACUAAAUAUAGUGCUAUCUUAGUACAAGCUGUUUAUAUGUUAUUACUAGUUACAGUACUAGCCUAGUAAAACCAUUUAUAGGUUAGCAAUAGUUAAAGUACUGUCGUAGUACAAGAACUGAUAGCUCAGUACUAGUUACGGUACUAGCCUAAUACAAGCUGUUUGUAGGUUAGUACUGCUCAUAGUAUUAGCCUACUGCAAGAUAUUUGUUGUUUAUUAAUAGCUAUAGUACUAGCUUAGUACAAGCUAUUUGUAAGUUAGUACUAGUUAUAACACUAGAAAAGUGCAAACUACUUAUAGGUUAGUACGUUAGUACAACCUAUUAGUACAACCUAUAAUACUAGUCUAGUACAAGCUACGCAUUUAGUACAGUACAAAACGCCGAAUUAGACUAGUACAAACACAAUACUACCCCCCCCCCUUAUUUAUAGCUAUAGCAAUAUAACACCCCAAAGGCUUUUUUGCUUUAAAAUUUGUUUAAAAUUACUUGUAACCAUACAACCACUACUUAUGUUACACUACGCUGAAUGUACACGUCUUUUGCAAUUCGUUGAGCUUCUAACAUUUUUCUGUGCAAUAUUGUAAUUUAUUUUAUUUUUUUAUUUUGCACUUUUAUUUUAUUUGAAUAAACACGCUUUUCACUGUUGUUUUAAUUUUAUUUUGCUAGAGGGAUUUUAAUUAAAAAUAUAUAUUAUAACUUUAGUUUAAACAAGGAGCAAAAAACACAAUAAAUCAAUUUUUUUCUUAAAAUACGGCAUAUAAACUUACAAUUUAUAAAAAUUUAAACAGUUUUUUUCACUUUCUGACUUUAAAAUCACCUUUUUAUGUUAGGUUGUUCAAAUAAUUUUGUGCCGAAUCUUUAAAAAAAAUUUUAAGAUAGGGGCCACAGAAUUAUUGGAACACGCUUAUACAUACUAUCUUUCGAUACAGUAUGAUCCUAUUGAUAUAAAGUAAUGGCCAAAUUUUAGAAUGGUUGUUCAGAAGCAAGCGUCAAGCUAACCCAUUUCAAUUUUUAAAUAUGUUGUAAGUUUUCAAACAUUUAUUGUUUUUGUUUAGCAAAGCCUUUUUAUGACGUUAGUAAAUGCUAUCAGGAACUCCACUAGGGGCAGAGAAGGAGAGGGUAAAGAGGGUGGAUCAACCACUCCUCAAAUCCGAAAAAACUAAAAAUAAUAAACUACCUGUACGUAAAGGUAGCAAUCUCUUUAUAUGACAUUUUAAAAGGCAAUUAACCUUGCCAUUACAUAAAACAACUAAAGGUUUUGAGACCGUAUUUUACAAAUUAAUCCAGUUUUUUUUUUAUUUAAAUUAUGCUUCAGAGCCCCAAGACAAAGUGGUGCACCAGUAGGCAAGCUGACUGAUCGUUUCGGCAAAAACUUCUUCAAGGUUUGUUGUUUUUUUGUUUUUUAUUAGGGGUGAGAAACGGGCCGUGUAGACACGGUACGGUCCAGCCCGACCCUACGACUGAGCCGGCCUUGAACUAAAGUUGUAAAGGACCUGGCUUGAAAAGUUUCUUUCCCCUAUUUAAAGUUCUAAGCCUUCAUUGUUACAACUAUAAUUAACCAGAAGAUAAAACUUUGGUCGUAUUUUACCUUUUUUUCAGUUUUUGGACGAAUUACAUGAGUAUUCUCAGCUGAUUCCUGAAUCAACCCCAGGUCCUGUAACUGCACCCCGUAAGUUUAUACUUUACUUAUUAACCUUUUUUGAAUCUCAAUUUCUGCUUAGCUAAAUGUAGUAUCCACCGCCAUUUUUCGACGAAUUUCUGGCAUUUCUACUAAAAAUUUGCAUUUUUAACUUUCACUUUAAAUUAGAUCGUUCAACUAAUUCUGUGCCCCUUAGGAAAACAAAUUGGUUAGGGAGCGCAUAAUUACUUAAACAACCUAAUAGCUUUUAAAAAUUUGGCUUCAACAUUUAUUCUUUCAGCCACCCUUUUCCCUACGCUUUUUCCCACCCCUCCGCCAGCCCAAACACCACCCCCUUUUACACUUUUACCCCCGCCCGGCCAACCCCCUGCCCCAUUCACAUUAUUACCACACCCAGAAGAAACUUCUCCUCCAAUAACAUUGUUACCACCCCCUGGACCAACACCUGCCCCAGCCACGUUAUUACCACCCCCUGGACAAACUCCUGCUCCAGCCACUUUAGUUCCCUCGCCCGGCCAAACCCCUGCCCCGUUUACUCUUUUACCACCGCCAGGCCAAACCCUUGCCCCAUUCACAUUACUACCCCCUGGCCAAACCGCAGCACCAAUAACACUUUUUCCACCGCCCGGCCACACUCCACCCCCAAUAACACUCUUACCACCUCCAGGUGAAACACCACCCCCAUUCACACUGCUUCCCCCUCCACCCACGCCCCCACCCCAAGCAGCACUGGUUACCGUGAAGGCUGAAGGAGUACCAUUGUUUCCAGUAGUAGGAGAGAAGAACAUCAUCGCUUCUGAUGUGGGGCUACAAGAUCCACAGUCAAAGUAAGUAUUAUAUUAUUCAUGAUGGCGUUGACAUUUCGUUAUAUAUAAAGCAAAGUAAAUAAACUUAUUUUACAAAUUUUAUGACUUUUUGGAAAAACUUAAGCAAGAACUUUCUUUACAAAGCAACAACUGACAAAAACUUUGUUUCCAAAGCGCAAAAUGUAUUUAUCGUAUAAAUCGUCACCCGCAGCCUGCAUAGUCGAAAAGUACGAUUACUUUUGUCAGAUUUGGUAUAUUCUUUUCAAACUUAAAAAUAGCAAGAACUUUCUUUACACACCAAAAAAGGAACAAAAACUGUUUCCAAAACGAAAAUGUAUUUAUCGUAUAACUUGUCACCCGCAGACUGCAGAACUGAAAUUUUCUUUAUACAGCCUUAUAAUGGCAAAAACUUUCUUUAUAUUAGAUUGUUCAAAUAAUUCUAUGCUCCUUCUCAAAGCUAUUUUUUGUUAGGGGGCACAGGAUUAUUUGAACAACCUAAUAUCAAACAUUAACAUUUAAAUCGUAGCCCUUGCCAACUACCCUAUAGCUAGAAAAGACGGCAAAAACUUUGUUUCCAAUUAAAAAAUAAAAUUUAAAGUUCACCAAAAAUAAAAAAGCAGAAACUUUCUUUACAAGUUCUAAUUUCAGAGACCUACUGGACGCAAACAACUUGAUGAGAGGUUUCCUGAAUACAAUGGCUAAAUUGGGAGGAAAGCCGACCAGACAAUAUAAACCUUUGAGAGCGAUGAAUGAUGGCACUGAGGCUGGGCGGAAUCGACCGUUGAUGGAUCAGUUAUUCGAAAGUGACAUUCUGUUGACUUCCAAACAGAUCAAGGCGUAA